AUGGGUUGGUGGGGGAAAUCAAAUGAUUCAAAGCCUGAGCAGCAGCAGCAGCAAGAGGCGCCGAAGGAACAUGUCUUCGAUCCCCAGCUUCCCAAGGCUGAGAAGUUGCCCAGGGGACUGCAGAAGAUUGUAGACAAGGCCGACAAGGAUGAGAGUUUCUUUGACAGCAUAAAGGAGGGACGGGCUCCCGACACUACAGAGAGCAACUUGCGAUAUGCCGCGUAUGCGACUCGACUUCGAACCAUUCUCCUGUCCGCCCAUCGAUAUGUCGCCUAUACUUCAGAUAUUGGCGAAUCUUUCCGGCCCGUUGCGCAUCCAAACCUCGUUCGCACUGCCUACGGAAUCUCAUGGCUCUACAUUCUUGGCGAUGUCUCUCAUGAGGGUUACCGCGCCUACUGGCAGAACCAGCGGAUCCUGAACCCCCAGGUCCUGCUCAACUCUCACCAGCAAAGACUUUCCGGCCUCCCUGAGAAGGAGACGCGCAACAUUGCCCCAGGUGUGGUCCCUCCAUUGGAGGACUAUCGAACCGUCAUGGUGCAGCGAGCCAUCUUCCAGAGCGUCGCCAGUAUGGGAUUGCCCGCAUUCACCAUCCACAGCAUGGUCAAGUACUCGGGAAAGGCAAUGAAGAAUGUCAAAAAUGCCACCCUCAGAACAUGGGGCCCCAUUGGACUGGGCCUGUCUGUGGUUCCAUUCCUGCCCAGCCUCUUUGACAAGCCGGUCGAGGACGCCGUGGAGUGGGCAUUCCACAAGGGCUUUGAACAGUUUGGAGGCAAGGCGUAUGUUGGGGAUUUACCGGCUACCGGCCGAGAGAAGCUCAUCAACAAGGACCCCAAGAUUAAGGAGGAAUAG